AUGCAACCAUUGCCAAUUAAUCAGCAAACAAAUGCUACAUCUAUUGCUACAACGACACCAAUCUCAGAAGAUCUCAAAUCUUCUGCAUUUACAACUGCACUAGCUUCUUUUCAGGCAAGAAUAGACAGCUUGUCACAUGUACAGAUAUGUACAAUCUGCAAAGAGAAUUAUGUUGGUAUGCAUGUCAAAUUAACUCAACCUACUGUCAUUUGCACAAGAUGUUAUAAUGAAAUGGGUGUUCACAGAUUCUCUAUUGCAAACAAUAUGGACCAUGGCGAACAACCCCUAGUUUUAAAACGGCUCUCACAAGUAGAAGAGAUGCUUAUAGAAAGGAUUGCUCCUAUUUUGCAAGUAAGCCAUGCCAAAGGUGGUCAAUACAAAUAUACAGGGCACACCAUUAAUUUCCCACAAGACAUUUCAGAAAUAGCAACUACUUUGCCCCGCAAAUUCCAACAUUUAGAAGUUGUGAUUAUUCGAAGGACAAAUCUCGAGGGAAAACAAUAUGACUGUUAUGUGAACAAGUUCCAUGUUAUGGACGCAUUGCAUUACAAAAUUCAACAUGACCAGUACUACAAUGAUGUUAUCAUUGAUGAUGCAACCAUUGAUUUAUUGCCAGAAACAUCUACCGAUAUAUCUGAAUUUUUGCAUGGCCUUCCAAAUUCCUUUGAUCUGCAACCGCCUUCACCAGCACAAGAGCAACUCUCUAAUGAUGAUGAAGUUGAAUUGCAUACCACAUCAUCAUUCAUCCCAAAACUGCCAUGUUCAGCCCCUGAACUAGAUGCCAUUAAAAAGACAUUACACUUACAUACGGAUGAUCAAAAUGUUGCAGCUUGGCCUGAAAUAAGUUCCUCGCCCAUUAAUAAAUACAACAUUGAAGGCUUGUUUGCUAUGGCUUUCCCAACAUUGUUCCCAAGCGGAUCUGCAUUGCCACUCCAACCAAGGACAAAACAUGUCCACUUGCACGAAUAUGCUUUGCACUUGAUAAGAUAUCAUGACCAAAGGUUUGGACAACAUGUUAGGUUUAGAUAUUAUCUUUACAAUCUAAUUAUGAGACACCGUUCCCAGCAGACAACUUUAGUUUUCCUAUGGACCAACUUAGAAAACUCCAUCCCAACUACUUUACAAGCUUUGCGUGAACAACUCCAGUCUACACCAUCCGAUCAAUUGCCAAACCAAUUAAUGUGUUUUGCAGCUUCUUUGCGAGGGACAAGAGCUUAUUGGAAAAGAUCCCGCAAGGAUCUCACUACAAUGAUACACCAAUUAGGAGCACCUACAUUGUUCUUCACAUUAAGUGUAGCUGAUACCAAAUGGCCAAAACUACAUAAAUUGUUUCCACCUAACUUGUCUCCAGAAUUCCAAUCCACGAAGAAGCAAUUUAUACAAAACAUUGUCCACAAUCCACACGUCACAAUGUUGUUUUUGCAUUUUAGAUUCACAAUAUUCCGUGAGGAGAUUAUUGACAAGCUUUUCAAAGCUAAAGACCAUUGGUAUAGGUACGAAUGGCAACAUCAUGGGUCUGCACAUAUGCAUGGCUUCUUAUGGUUACCAAAUGCACCUGAUAUGGACAAUAUAGACUGGUCUAACCAUAAUGUUGUGCAAUCAACUAAGUCCUUUUUUGAUAGGUAUGUUACAACAUGGAAUGCUCACAACCGAGUUGGCCAAGCCAACAGACUGCACACUGCUUCAUUCUUUGAUCCCUGCAUGGCUGAUACAAACCAAAUUCUAUCUACUGACCCUCUCUCUGAUUAUGAGAAACUCGUCAAUGUUCUUCAGCGACAUACAAAAUGUUCUGCCCACACUUGCUUAAAAAAAAAAGGCUCAACCCCUCCAUUGUCGCUAUAA